CUCGACAAUGACCAUAGGCCAUUGUCGAUUUCGAUUCGACAAUGACCACAGGCCAUUGUCGAGUUCGACUCGACGAUGACCACAGGCCAAGGUCGAGUUCGACUCGACGAUGACCCCGGGCCAUUGUUGAAUCGAACUCGACAAUGGCCUGGGGUCAUCGUCGAGUCCGACUUGACGAUGACCCGGCCCAUUGUCGACUCCGACUCGACGAUGCCCCCGGGCCAUUGUCGAGUUCGACUCGACAAUGCCCCCGUCGAGUUCGACUCGACGGCGGCCUCUGCAUGGGCGGAGAUGCCACGUGGCAGCACGUGGUUGAUUCACGACGGUUUACCGUUCUCCCAGGCCUCCGCUGCUGCCUUCGAUGCGGAUGCUCGGAACUUUGCUCCGAUGCUGCGUGAACCUCCGAUGUGCGAGCGAGAUCUCCGUUGCGUUCUGCGCGAGCCUCCGAUGUGCGAGUCAGUGCUCCGCCGGCUUCGGACGCUUUGCGAACCUCCGCAACGCUCCUUUGCUCUCGACGAACUUGCAGAAAUGGGAAAUGGUGGGCCCACAACACUAUUUAUACUUUAUGUGGAAGGCCUGCGAGGGAAUGUGGCAUGCGGGGUGUGGCUUCGGGACCCGGUGCCUCGGGGGGAUGUGCAGCGGGAGCGAUGUCGAGUUCAAUACGAUGACGGUCGAGCGCAGGCAUGUACACCACGUGCUGAACACGACCCCAUCGUCGUGUUCAACACGAUGACGGUCGCUGUCAUCGUGUCGAACACGACCGAGGUGGCACCCCCCGACCCCGCCGUCGUGUUCAAUGCGAUGACGGUCGCUCUCGUAGUGUUGAAAUCGACCACGUUGAAUCGCCACCGUGCCGGUGGUAAUGUUCAACAGGAGACGGUCGAGCGCGGACAUGUUCACCACGAAAGCACCGUCGCGUUCAACAAGCAGGCGGUCGCUCAUCAUAAUCUUCAACACGACGGCGGUUGCGGUGGCUGUCAUACAGACACGGGCAUCAAUCGCGACACGACAACGGUUGAGCGCGGGCAUGUUGAGAAUACGGUGACGGUGACUCUCGCUGUGUGCGCCUGUCGUGUUGUGCAAUGCGAUGAUGCGUCGUCGUGUUCGACCCGACCGUAGCGGGAGAUCAUCGCGUUCAACACGACAGCUCGUCGCCGUGUCUCUCGUGCAUCGCUUCUGUUGAAGACUGUAUUUUUUUCCGCAUUCACGGGCCUUACAUCGG